CGCACUCUCGUCUUCUCCGUCGCCGGGGCAACACGCCGCCGUGCCGCCGCCUCUCGUCCCGUCCGUGGUUGUCACCGCGCUUUCCUACCUCACCCGCAGGCUUGCGACUUCGUUGUUCGGCAGCUAUCUCGGCUCCAAACUAAGAGGAAAGGACUCAUGGCCAUGGAGAUGAGAGCCCGGGAAUCUAUAGGUAUGUCGGAGGACCUGACACGGGCGAUCGCACCUUAUGCCACCGCCCUGCAUGACACGUUCCUCCACUCCCAUUGCUCCUCGUGUUUCAGGAAGUUGCCAUCGCAACCUCCAUGUGCCAUGUCUUGUAUCCUCUGCUGCUCCGUUCAGUACUGCUGCUCAGACUGCUUAAGCUCGGAUCGUGAAAUGCAUUCAUCUUCUGGUGAAUGUUGUUUCUUCGCCGACCACCUCAAGAAAGCAUCUCCAUCCUACAUCACUGAAGGCACAAGCGAUGUCCGUGCUUCUCUUCGACUUCUUUACUUUCUCGAGAUGCAUGGUCUGGUCUCAUCAGAUUCAAACAACCGGUCCAGCAGAAUUGGUGGGCUUUCAACAAUUGGUAUUCGUGAAGUUCUGGAGGAAGGCGGGGAGGUUGCCGAGAGGAUACUGAAGGGAAGCAUGCUGAUGUCGUCUGCCAGAAAAAUGAGGACGCAAACUUCUGUUGUUUUCUCCAAUGGCCUGACAGUAGAGAUAAUGGCAUUAUGGGCAGUGAUGAUCAACAGCGUUGAGGUGCAGAUUAGUGACGAGUGGGAUCUGGGGAUUGCAGUUUAUGGGCCUAGUUUCUCAUGGUUCAAUCAUAGUUGCUUUCCGAACGCUUCUUAUCGUUUUGAGUUGGCUGCACCCAAUGAAGAUUAUGUUUCAGACAAAUCAGAAUACCGUGCAGUCCCUGCUAGCAAAGGGGUUGCUCCAGAUGCGUGGCAUACUUUGCAAUUUGAAGAGGGUUCUACUCAUGCACUUGGCAAAUAUGGCCCAAGAGUUGUUGUCCGUUGCAUAAAGCCAAUCAACAAGGGGGAUGAAGUUUGCAUAACAUACAUUGAUCUUCUCCAGACCAGGGAAGCAAGGUAUUCAGAUCUUUGGUCAAAGUAUAAGUUUAUUUGUUCUUGUGAGCGCUGUACUGCAUCACCAGAAUCAUAUGUGGAUUUUAUUCUAAAUUGUGACUUCAGGAACUUGAAUUCGCCAGAGAAUGCUUUUAUAUCUCGAGCAGUUGAGGAUUUUGAUGAUAUCUUACAACAAGCAAUCUCGGAAUAUUCAUUGGGUGAUGAUCCCAAAGCCUGCUGUGCUAUGAUUGAAAGUUUGCUUUCUGAAAACUUGAUGGGUGAUUUGCAGCAAGUGGAACUUUCACGGAAAAGACAUAUACUACAUCCUCUUCAUCAUAUAUGUCUUAGAGCUUAUAUGACGCUUGCCUCUGCUUACCGCUUUCGUGCCCUAGAAUCCAAUACCGAUGGCUUUAAAGGAGAAAACAGUGCCGUUUCUUUCAAAAUGACCAAAGCUGCAGUAGCUUAUUCAUUUCUUCUUGCAGGAGCUACGCACCAUCUGUUCUUAUCUGAACGUUCCUUUAUGACCUCACUGGCGCAUUUUUUGUUAAGCGCUGGACGGUCCAUGUUAGAUUUUGUUGAAUGUGUAAAGGGAGAGAGAAGGAAAAAUGUAUCCCAAGCUAAGUUUAGCUCUGCUUCAUGUUCAUCAAGUUCAGGAACACGUGAUUCCAUGCAGUACCAUCAAUUCAGAUCAACUUGUGAGGAAUUUGGCAAGCGCAUGUUAUCGCUAUCAUUGCAGUGCUGGCCAUUUCUUGUGCAAAGCUCACCCUGCCUGGAAAAGAUAAAAAACCCUAUAGACUUCAGUUGGCUUGGGACAGCAAUAUUUCAGUCUCUCCAUCUUUCUGAGCCAUGGAAGAAUCAUCCUCAAACUGGGCCAUGAAGAUCUUCACCUUAAGUAAAGGGAUGUCCCUUUUCCUAAGCACACUGUAGAAAUGUGUAAGCACAUGAGUGGCUGGUCAUUCUGAUACUUUAUGCCUGCUCAUUAUCAUGCCAACUAAUUUCUUCGUAGCAGGUGACAGUAACUUGUAACUUAUCUCUAGAGCCUCAAGCUUCUAUAUGUUUCAGUACCAAUUAGUUAGCUUCAUUGUUUCAAGUAACAGGUUUAGCUUAGACAUAUGUUUUAGUGAUAAACUGAACGGCAUAAAUAAUCAGAAAUUUAGAUUCAACCCCAGCCACAAACACAGAAAAAUUGAUUACUGAGAUGGCUCUGCUGUAGCACGGUAGCAGGUUUAAUGGAUGCCCAUCAGAAUAAUUGUCGGAAUAUGCUUUGGCAUCUUCCAUUGCUUGCAGCAUUGCUUCCACUGAUCUAACUAGUGGGAAGUUAAACUGUCCUCCAUUAAUGAGCCGGUGUGUCUAUUCCUGUCAGACACCUUUCUGCUUAAAGCGGGUGUUGCUGAUAAUUCAGGAAUUUCUCCUCUCUAUCGUAUCUCUCUCUCCCAAAGAAAGAUCUUAUGUGUCAACAUUUGCUAGUUGAAGGAUAUUCUGUAUCGCAUGGUAUUGACGAUGCGCUGCGUGUAUACUGAAUUCAUCAGUGAUUUGUGUAGGCACUUAUUUGAUGCUGAGCUAAUGGUCUUAAUUUUAUACGAGUUUUCUAUAGAUGUAGUGCUGAUGCUGCAAACCAUGUGUUGGGAAUGAGCUUUUAUUUUCGCGGUGUUCUCUUCUCACAAUAUGGGUGUGCUAUGUAUGGCUUGUUUUCCCCUUUAGAACAGUUAAAAUUUCACAGUUGACAGUUGUAGUGCAUAGACCUGCUUUAGUUUUGCUGAAAAACUAUAUAUAUGAAUGAACUUGAUCUAGGACCCAUCCUUUCAACAAGGGAAGUGAUAUUUUUUAUGUAUGUUUACAUUAACUGAAAUAAUAUGGCGUGCAUUGGAAAUUUUGAAUGAUUGAAGGAUAUAUUUUGUGGAUUAUUUUUUGUUUUUGUGGGCACAUGUCGCUGCGGUUCCACUUGUCCCUUGGUUACAAAAAUUGCGAAAAGAUCUCCACCAGAGAACAGAA